CACACACUCAGUUAGUGCUUUGACUUGAGACGAUGUGUGUGUGUGUUCGAGGGACUUCAGUCUAUUGUAUAGGAAAUGUUAAAGUCGUCAAUCGCAAAAGGAAACUGGGUACAAGAUAAAGGUUUCCUCCACCAACUUAAGACACAACUGACUGUAAGACUGUUAGUAGAGCCAGUUAACCCAAGUGAGGUAGUAGUGCCAGUCUACCAGUCAAUCUACCAGUCUCCCAGUUAAUCUAUCAGAAAAAAACAGUCUAUUCUACCAGUCAGACUACCAGCUACCCUACCAGUCUCCCAGUCAAUCUACCAGAAAAAACAGUCUAUUCUACCAAUCACCCUACCAGUCUCCCAGUCACUCUACCAGAAAAAACCCAGUCUAUUCUACCAGUCAGACUACCAGCUACCCUACCAGUCUCCCAGUCAAUCUACCAGAAAAAACAGUCUAUUCUACCAGUCACCCUACCAGUCUCCCAGUCACUCUACCAGAAAAAAACCAGUCUAUUGUACCAGUCUAUUGUAGCAGACAGUCUACCAUCAUGGAAGAGCUCAAGUCGUCAUACUUCGUUACCUACAGAGUGGUCAUGCCUCUGUUCGUGGUCAUGGGUCUCUUGGCUAAUGGUCUCUGUGUGGUUGCUCUGUCAGCCCCCGCUUAAGACAGCCCAUGUCAAUAGAUACUUCCUGCUACUGGCCAUAUGUGACAUUUCCGUCUGUCUAUCAUACAUCCCCGUCAUCAUUACCGUCACUGGCUGUCAACUGUCUACCUAUGGCUUAGCAUACUACUUCGCCCACUUCUGCUGGACUAUCACCUGCACCUGCCAUGCCUUCGGGACCUACACAAUCCUAUGGCUGGCAUUCGACCGCUUCAUGGCUGUGUGGAUGUACAUAUACUAUCAAAAAACCCACAAGAGCGGAUAUUUCAUGCGGAUGAGGAUAAUUAUCACAUACAUAGGCUGUUUCAUGUUACAUCUGCCUUAUAUGAUACGAGGUAAUGUAGGGUGUGCAAAUGUGGAUGAGAGAGAUGUGUACACGUGUCCAAACAGCUCCUGGGUUAGUCUAGAUGGCUUUGAAUACGACUUUAACGAACCAUGGCAUCAAACUUAUCGUUACAUCUACUCGUUCAGUGUUCGUUGGUUACCGAGUCUUCUCCUUGUGAUAUGUAACCUUGGAAUGAUUCUAGGUGUUUAUAAAGGUAAAAUUAACUUCCCAUCUGGUCAUAUUGGGAAACGAAACGGUGAGAGGAACUUGAUAAUAACAAUGAUAGCUAUGACAGCAUCCUAUAUCAUCUUCACUACACCUAUAACUAUCUACCUGACUUUCUAUGCCGAUAAGAGAUGCACAGAUUCCCCAGAAGAAAACUUACGUCAUAUAGGUAAUUCUCUACAGCUUUUUGAACACGUUACACACAUUGUCUUCUUGAUUGCCCUAAACACUAAAUUUAGAAAGCAAAUACGAAUAAUUCUUCACAUAAGUCAGCCAGGAGACGAACUUGAUAGCAAAGUGUAUAGUGAGUCAAGUGAGAAUAAAACACUCAGAGAUAAGGCACUCAGAGAUAAGGCACUCAGAUAUAAGGAACUCAGAGAUAAGGAACUCAGAGAUAAGCCACUCAGAGAUACGAUGUGUAUAUCUCAGAUGCAGAGAGAGAGUGAAGGAGACUCGAUAUUUACUAACUAAUUUAUUUCUUGAAGCAUGGUGAGCGGAUGAUGAUUUAACCCCUUGAGUAUGAUGAUUUAACCCCUUGAGUAUGAUGAUUUAACCCCCG